GGAUGGCGGAAGCCCAGCUGGACGGGUCGACGCUGAUCAAGGACGGGUGGUUCAUGGAGAAGAACUCGCAGUGGCCCGGCCAGGCGAACUCCCUGCAGGUGAAGCAGGUCCUCCUGCACAAGAAGACCGACUUCCAGGACCUCCUUGUGUUCGAGUCCACGGACUGGGGCAAGGUGCUGGUGCUCGACGGUGUCAUCCAGCUCACGGAGCGGGACGAGAUGUCCUACCAGGAGAUGAUGGCGCACCUGCCGCUCUUCUCGCACAAGUGCCCCAAGCAGGUGCUCAUCAUCGGCGGAGGGGACGGCGGCGUGCUGCGGGAGGCCGUGAAGCACGACUGCGUCGAGAAGGUCACGAUGCGCGAGAUCGACGCUGGCGUCAUCGAGGCGGCGAAGGAGUUCUUCCCGUCCGUCUCUACCGCCUUCGGUCAUCCCAAGGUGGAUUUGCAGGUCGCGGACGGCGUGGGGUUUUGCGAGAAGGCUGCAGACGCCACCUACGAUGUCAUCAUCAUCGACUCCUCCGACCCGGUGGGGCCAGCUGAGAAGCUGUUCUCCCCCGAGUUCUACGCCAACGCCCACCGCAUCCUCAGGCCUGGUGGCGUGCUGUGUUCGCAGGGCGAGUGCCUCUGGGUCCACGCCGACCUGAUCUCAGAGAUGGUCAGCACUCACGGAGCGCCCUUCGCCUCGGCUGAGUACGCCAGCAUCCAGAUGCCUACCUACCCGUCGGGCCAGAUCGGCGCCUUCUUGGCCCGCAAGGCAGCUGCCGGCGGCCCAGAGCCCGCGUCCUGCAGGAGCCCCCUGCGCGCCCCGCCUGCGGACAUGCCGCUGCGCUACUACUCCGCGGAGAUGCACACGGCCGCCUUCGCGCUGCCCGCGUUCUUGAGGCAGAGGCUCAACGGCGAGGGACCAGAUGCGAAGAAGGCCAGGAAGGAAGCGUGA